UCAAGACGAGCUUUUUGUCGAAGCGAAAGUAACGGUUUGCAGUCCGGUGAAUGUGAGCCAGGCAAAUAAAAUCGAUUGAAUUGAAUUUAAAAUGCCAAUUAUGAUGCUUGCUUGGAUCGCAGUGCUGCUGGCUGGACUGCCAGGAUUAAGGAUCUGCCGGGCGGAGGAUCUGCUGGAGCUGUCCUGCAGCUCGGACGCACAGUGCGCGCAAUUCGAGCGUGGUCGGUGCCUGGACAUGGUCUGCACCUGCACGGCACGUGGCGCCGGCGAAAGGGUGACCUGUGCGCCGUUGGAGAAGAAGCUGACCAACAUCAUUGGUGGACCCUGUCCAUGUCCCAUGCCCCAUGCCGACUGUCAUCCGCGGUGGGAUCAGUGCCUCUGCUCCGCCGGCCAUGUGCCCAGUGGCGAUCGGCGUCGCUGUCUGCCGGAGGCAGUUGCUCCGGGCGGCGAAUGCGAGUUCCAUCGGCAGUGCCAGCUGGCGGAUCGGUUCAGCUCGUGCUCUGGGGGCCAGUGCAUCUGCACUGCCCAAUUCGAGCUCCACGAGGGACGCUGCCUGGCCGUGCUGCAAUCCAUCUGCGGCGUGGACAAGGAUUGUGGGAGCUGUGGCGCCUCCCUUUGCCUGACCAAAGUGAAGAAGUGCGGCUGUGCCGCGGGCUACGUUCACAACCACAACAUGACCAAGUGCGUCACGGGAUCCGGCUACGGGGCCAGCUGCGAGCACAGUGCCCAGUGCAAGGUUAAGCUUGGGGGCGAUGGCAAGUGCCUGGAUCACCUAUGCGGCUGUCGGCCAUCGCACUACCCCAGAAGGGUAGCCAACGCGGUGGCCAAGGAGUGGGAGCCGGAGGAGGAGGACCAACGGGAGCGGAUCACCUGCGAACCCAUUGUGCCCUUCGGAGCACUCUGCCUGCACGAUGACCAGUGCCGGAUGCAGUCCCUCCUGGUGGAGACCAAUGGAACAGUGCCAGCACCCAUGGUCUGCAAGUGGGGCGAGUGCUCCUGCAGUGAAAACCAUCGACUGGAGGACAACAAGUGCAUCCGUGUGGAAAGUGGAGCCUCACGCAUGCAGCAUCACCCACGAGCUUUCCUUCUCCUCGCUUUGCUCCAGUUUACAAUGAUUCUUUAUUAUGGUGUAUAGUAAAACAAAAAAUAGUUAUUGUUAAACUUAUGUAUGAAUAGAAAGAAUGAACAGUUGUAGAACAAA